AAGGGAGAGGACAGCAGGGCAGACUCUCUCUCUCUCUCUCUCUCUCUCUCUCUCUCUCAACACCUGCACCUGGUCACUUGAUUCACACUCCAACCCAAGGAUCAGCGGACCAACAUCUUUCUCACAUCCUUCAUAUGACUCCUUCCAAUCCAGGCGUAAACUUUUGGAAAUAGUGGAAGACGUGUUCAAGGACCAGUAGUGUGUGUGUGUGUUUUUUUUUUAUUGUUUCACGGAAGAAACUCGGUUUACAGCGACUUAUUAGGCUUACAUUUUUUUUUUCUUUCUCUCCAGGGGAAUUUUUUUCCCAAACCUAUCGGAUUGUUUUAAGCCUGCGCAGAGCUGCUCCGUCUCUUACUGGAGGAGAUUUUCUUUUUUUUUUUUAACCCAGCUCCGAGGCACAAAACACGGGGAAUGCAGCGCUAACAUCCAGCAAGUUUUUGGAUCCCAAACGCGUAUCAAGCAAGUCCCAACUCAAAGAUUUAGAUCUCUGUGGGCUACCUGCAUGACUGUUACCAUGACAGCAUCUGGAGCCCAACUCCUCCUGUUGGCCUUGUGUGUUUACAGAGGCUCGGCCCUGCAGCAGUCUGCUCCGCGGGUUCGCCUCUCCUUCAAAGAACUGAUGGACACAAAAGCAGCUCGACCCUUCAGCUUCUCCUUCAACACCAGCGACUACCGCAUCCUGCUGAUGGAUCAGGAUCAGGGCCGUCUGUACCUGGGCAGCCGCGAGUACCUGGUGGCUCUCGACAUGCACAACGUCAACAAGGAGCCUCUUAUAAUCCACUGGCCUGCGUCGGCGAAGAGAAAGGGAGAAUGUCAGAUGACGGGCAAGGGAAGACAGGGUGAAUGUGCCAACUUUGUGCGCCUGAUAGAGCCAUGGAACCGCACCCACCUCUACACCUGUGGGACGGGGGCGUACCAGCCAAUCUGCACAUUCAUCAACCGAGGCUGGAGGGCAGAGGACUACCUGUUUAGGCUGGUUGCUGGGUAUGUGGAUUCAGGGAAGGGAAAAUGUUCCUAUGAUCCCAAACAGGAGAGCGUUGCAGUUCUGCUCAAUGGUAACCUGUAUGCAGGCGUCCAUAUCGACUUCAUGAGUACAGAUGCUGCUCUGUUUAGGACCAUGGGAGGCAGAACAGCAAUCAGGACAGAGCAGUACGACUCCAGGUGGCUCAACGAGCCGGUGUUUGUUCAGAUCCAGCAGAUCCCUGACAGUGCAGAAAGAAAUGACGACAAACUUUACUUUUUUUUCCGUGAGAAGACUCUGGACUCGAGCGGCGGGGCGAGCCCCAGCGUUUUAGCCCGGGUGGGAAGAGUGUGUCUGAAUGAUGAAGGAGGGCAGAAGUCCCUGGUGAACCGCUGGACGACGUUCCUCAAGGCCCGUCUUAUCUGUUCAGUGAUCGGAGAAGACGGAGUGGAGACACGAUUUGAUGAACUACGCGAUGUGUUUAUUCAGCCAACGCAGGAUGAACGGAACCCAACGGUGUACGCUCUCUUCACCACAGCCGGCUCUGUGUUCAAGGGCUCAGCCGUCUGUGUGUACUCGAUGGCUGAUAUCCGUAACGUCUUCAAUGGACCGUUCGCCCACAAACACGGCCAUAAUUACCAGUGGACAGAGUACACUGGCAAGAUACCCUACCCCCGGCCUGGCACAUGUCCAGGAGGAACCUUCACUCCUGGUAUCCGCUCGUCCAAGAACUUCUCAGACGAGGCUGUGAAUUUUAUCAGAGCUCAUCCCCUCAUGUACCAUCCAGUUUAUCCCGUCCACCGCCGCCCCCUGGUGGUGAGGACCGGCGUUGACUACCGCUUCACAGCCAUGGUGGUGGAUCAGGUGGAUGCUGUGGACGGACGCUAUGAGGUGCUUUUCCUAGGGACAGAUCGAGGAACUGUCCAAAAAGUUAUAGUUUUGCCAAAGGACCCCACAAGCAUGGAGGAGCUGACACUGGAGGAAGUGGAGGUUUUCAGGAGCAGAGCUCCAGUCAAAACCAUGAAGAUAUCCUCUAAAAGACAACAGCUGUACGUGUCAUCUGAUGCGGGGCUGACCCAGGUGUCGCUGCACCGCUGUGAUGUGUACGGCAGGGCCUGCUCCGACUGCUGCCUGGCCCGAGACCCCUACUGCGCCUGGGACGGAGAGAGCUGCUCGGCCUUCACACCGUCCACCAAGAGGAGGAGCAGACGUCAGGAUGUCAAACAUGGCGACCCACUGAGGCAGUGCAGAGGCUUCAAUGCUAAAGUGGAGAAACGUCUGAGGGAAACGGUGCAGUUUGGGGUGGAGGGCAGCAGCACCUUCUUGGAGUGUCAGCCUCGCUCUCCUCAGGCCACCGUCAAGUGGCUCUUCCAGAGGGAGGGGAGACGGAAAGUGCUCAACCGUCUGGGAGGAGUCAUGAAAACCAACCACGGCAUCCUCCUGAAGUCUCUCAACCAAUCAGACGCAGGGCUCUACCACUGCCUCGCCACUGAGAACAACUUCAAACACACGGUGGCCCGCGUGGCGCUGCGUAUUCUGGAUCGAGACAUUGUUUUAGCUCUCACUGCUCAAGACGAGGACGAAGAGCAAAACACGCGUCACGCGGGACCUUACCAGCAGUCGUCCCUCUUCACCACACCCUUCCCGCCUGAGAUCAGACUGAUUAACCAGUACUGCCAGUCCUACUGGGAACAGCUCAAUCCCAAACAGCAGCAGCAGCAUCAGCAGCAGCGUAAACGCACCAGCCGCAGACACACAGAGAGUCAGGACCAAGGGCUCGGCUAGAGGGCCACACUCACCACGUCCAGCACUGGCCUGUCUGGACUUUUUAGUGGACUUUUAUGUUUGAUUCGCAUGUUAGCGUGUUACCUCCGUUCUUUAGGCAGGUGAUGCCUUCAUGCCGUCAUUUCAGUAUUGUACUGGUGGUUUUGUAGGUUUCCGCCUAGAAAAAUACAAGUUUGUGUGUAUUUUACACCCCUUACAAUACUGCAUAUUUUCACAUAGCCUUCCUAUGUUUUAAGUGUCUGCUCAUGAUCAAGAUUCAUAAGAGCAUUCACACUAACUUUGAGACUGAAUACUUGCUCCAGAUUUAUCAUCAUCAGAGUGGUUUCUUCUGAGGUAUGUUCACCUUCAUGUGUGAAAUUCCAGUAGAAGAGCCAAACAUCAACGAUUUUAGUCAAAGAAAAAAAAUCUCUAGGCACUUAUUUCAUUAAUAUGUGUGAUAGCACAUUUUUUUUAGUAGAUGAUUCUCACUUAUCCUAAAAGGUAUUUUGGCUGGUCAUUAGCGCCUUUAUAUGAGCUACAACGCUAACAAGAAAAUCACAAAGAAGAUAGAUUUCCAGGUUGUUUUAUUUAACGCCUGUAACUCCCUGUGCGUACGUUUAUAUUUUUCCAGCAGGAUUGCACAUCGAGAAGUUUGUUACCUAGGUGAAAGGAGGAUGGAUGAUUUUCUUUUGUUAGAGAAAAACACAAACACGCGCACAGGAGAAAAACAGGAUCAGCAAGGACAAAAAAAAAAAAAAAAAAAAGGCUUUAGUCCACAGGGGCUUCCAAAAUCAACACAGACAGGAAGUUCCUCACAAGCGCUUCAAAUAUGAGAUUCCUGAUAUGUAGGUAUAAAGUUACUGUGGUGAAAAAUAAAGACCUCUGGCGGAUCACAUAUUUUUACGCUACCUUGUUAGAAAUGUUAGACUUGGAUGUAAAGUAUUUACAAUUUGUAUUUAGAAGGCGCCAACAUACGAAACCACAGGUAUUGUACUCUAAUUAUCUUGAAAAAAAUGUAAUAUAUUGAUUGUGAAUAUAAUAUAUAUGGUCGUUGUAUUGUAUGAAGAUAUUAUGAUGAUGCAUAUGUUGCAUGCAUUUCUGUUGUUGUUUGUUGCAAGUUGUACAUUUGACUGUUUUAGACCGUGGUGUGUUCUGACGUUUGUAAGGUGUUCUGUAUUCUGCUAAGCUAAUUCCAAUUGGAUGUUGUCAUGUAAUGACUCCCUUACUGUCCUGUGCUCUAGUGACCUCCAGUAUGUGAGUGUUGAAGAUUUGUAUAGCGUACAGUGUUCUUCCAGUUAUGCACUUUUGUCGGUGGUGGGAUUCGAGGGAAUUUGGGGAUCUUUGCACAGAUGUAUGAGAAAAUGAUUCAAGAACAAAAUGUUUUUUUUUUUGUUUUUUUUUAAUGUACAGUAUGUUAUAAAAACUGGGAAUGAAUAUGGCUCAGACUUAGUAUUGAUCGUUGAUGUUGUGUCAUAAGCUACAUUUACAGGAUUUAAAAAAAAAAAAAAAAAAAAAGGCUCUU